GUGUGCCUGCGCCCCCUGGUGGAUUAAAACAGUAGCGUUUGGCGAAGGAAGUGCCACCGUGUCCAAAGUGAGCAGACGUUACCCGAGUCUGUGGACGUCUUGUUUACAGUGGUUGUAUCAGGCCUUUGAAGACCUGUGGCCAUCAACGUGUUAAGGUUUUAUUGCUUACCUUUAUUUUUUUUGUUACAAGGGUCAUUAUAUGAAACCUCCAAUCUGGAUCGAGGCGGCAACAACAGGAAGAAGAAGAUAGAGGAAUUCUCUAGGUCUUCUCGGGAGAAACUAGUCCAGUCGAAGAACAAAAUGUUCUCCAAAUUUACGUCCAUUCUUCAGCAUGCUGUGGAAGCGCUUGCCCCAUCGCUGCCCUUGCAGGAGGACUUUGUCUAUCACUGGAAGGCCAUUACACAUUAUUACAUUGAAACUUCUGAUGACAAAGCUCCAGUCACAGACACCAACAUCCCAUCCCACCUGGAACAGAUGCUGGACAUCGUGAUCCAGGAGGAAAGGGAAAGGGAGUCUGGAGAGACGGGACCCUGCAUGGAGUAUCUCCUACAUCAUAAGAUCCUGGAGACUCUCUACACAUUGGGCAAGGCAGAUUGUCCUCCAGGGAUGAAGCAGCAGGUGCUUACCUUCUACACUAAGCUGCUAGCACACAUUCGUCAACCUCUCCUGCCACACAUAAAUGUCCACAGACCUGUACAGAAACUGAUCCGUCUGUGCGGGGAGGUGCUAGCUGCUCCUACAGAAAAUGAAGAGAUUCAGUUCCUUUGUAUAGUCUGUUCCAAACUGAAGCAGGACCCAUACCUUGUCAACUUCUUCCUCGAGAACAAGUCAAAGAGACCCGAGACAAAGAGUCCCGCAGGGACAGAGGUGGUGAAGGAGAAUGUGUUGGCUCCAGACACUGGUCAGUCUCUGGCUCAGAAACAGGUUGAGCGCCCAGAGGAGCCUCCGGCUGCAGCUGCUGCCUCCACCUCUAGUCCCACCAGCAACAAUAACAACAACAACAAUUACAAUCUCGUCACAUCGCUGCUCAACCUCACAAAGAGCCCUGAUGGCAGGAUAGUGGUGAAGGCAUGUGAGGGCCUGAUGCUGCUGGUCAGUUUACCAGAGCCUGCAGCUGCCAAGUGUUUAACUGAAAACACUGAGCUCUGUGAGCUCCUGACUGACAGGCUGGUCUCCUUCUAUAAAGCCCUGCCACAGUCCAUGGACCCCUUGGACAUUGAGACAGUGGAGUCGGUCAACUGGGGUCUGGACGUAUAUAACCUGAAGGAGGAUGCUGCUAUCUUCGCAGGGAAGAGGGCGCUCAUCUCCUUCCUGUCCUGGCUAGAUUACUGUGACCAGCUCAUCAAGGAGGCUCAGAAGUCAGCAGCUGCAGUGAUGGCAAGAAAUGUGAGAGAUAGAUUCUUUGUGUCUGUCAUGGAGCCGCAGCUUAUGCAGACGUCCGAGGUGGGCAUCCUGACCUCCACGGCCCUGCUGAACAGGAUCAUCAGGCAGGUGACAUCCGAAGCUCUGAUGCAGGAGAUGAUUUACUUCCUGCUAGGAGAAGAGACCGAGCCAGAAACUCUAGCUACUAUGGCGCAGAGUCCACUCCGACACAGACUUAUCGAGCACUGCGACCACCUGUCAGACGAGAUCAGCAUCAUGACACUGCGGCUAUUUGAGCAGCUGAUCCAGAAGCCCAACCAGCACAUCCUCCACAGCUUAGUGCUGCGUAGCCUGGAGGAGAGGAACUACCUGGAGAACAAACCGCAGGAGGAGCGGGAGCCCCUGGAGAACGGGCAGCCCCACGAUGCCGUAGACCUUGAGGAGGAUCCCCUGUUUGGUGACGAGCCCUCUCCAGACAGCAGGCUGUCCGGUUCUGAUUGGCUCAGCUCCUCUCCACAACAGAGUCCCGACCACUUAAAGUCUGACGGGAAGACGGAGGUGCACAAGAUAGUCAACAGUUUCCUGUGUUUGGUGCCCGAUGAGGCGAAGUCAUCGAAUCACGUUGAAGGCACAGGCUAUGACACCUACCUCAGAGAUGCUCACAGACAGUUCAGGGACUACUGUGGGGUCUGCCGGCGGUGGGACUGGAGGGGGAAUCCAAAGCCUUUAGAGAAGUGUAACUUGGACGGGCCAUUCUUUGAGGGCCACUUCCUCAAGGUUCUCUUCGACAGGAUGGGUCGCAUCCUAGACCAGCCGUACGAUGUCAACCUGCAGGUGACCGCUGUGCUUUCCAAGCUGUCUAUGUUUCCACACCCCCACCUGCACGAGUACCUGCUGGACCCGUACAUCAACCUGGCCCCCGGGUGCAGGUCUCUGUUCUCUGUCAUCGUCAGGGUGGUGGGGGAUCUCAUGUUGAGGAUUCAGCGCAUCCCAGACUUCACACCCAAACUGCUGCUCGUCAGGAAGAGAUUAUUAGGUCUGGAGCCGCAGGGCAUCAAUAUCGACCACAUGACUCUGCUGGAGGGCGUGAUCGUGCUGGAGGAGUUCUGCAAAGAGCUGGCGGCCAUCGCCUUCGUCAAAUACCACGCGGCUUCCUCCUCGCCGUAAUCUUUCCUGCUGUUCAUCCCUCUGCCUCGGCCAGACGGACAGGUCAGGCAUAUUAUACUGGGCCUUUGGGGUGUGGUGGUCCCGAUGUCGCAGGGUCGGCAAAACAUUACCACUAACUGCACUUCUCUGCAAGACUGUUGAAGCCCACACAGACGGGUUCAUCACCCCCUUCCCCCCCCCCCUCUUCUGGUCUCCCGGGCUUCACUAUAAAAAGUCUUUGGUCUUGUUUUCGAGAAGGUCCGAGCGCAGACACUGCCCAGCCAGCAGAGGAACAACAACAACAACAACAACAACAACAAGAGGAGGAGGAGGAGGAGGAGGAUGGAGGUCGAGGUGCAGCCUCUGCAUUUUCUCUCACUCCCCCCCCCCCCCCCCCUUUCUUUCUCACCAGCCAAAAGAUGAUAGCCCUGUAAUUAUUGUAUCAAGGAGAAAAUCUGUUUGUGUAUUUAUUUCCUGUCCCAUUAUCACACAUUUGUAAACAUCAUGGCCUUAGUGUGGAAUCGCACCUUUCAGUUACAGGAGAUUGUUUCCUUUUGAAACAUUUUAACCUUAAGUCCUCACGUGUUGUCUGUUUGAAGACAAGAAGCUGUAGAGAAAAGAAAAAGCCCACGACCUUCAACCCCUAUAUGUACCUGUAGUUGCAUACAUAUUGAACCGUAGUAUUUAAGAUACUGCACAUAUUUUAAAUGCCAAGUCUUAUUUAUUUGUUUGCUUUCAGGUUGCCUUUUUAACUAACGGCAUAUUAAGAUUGACUAAUUGACUUCCUCUGUGUUCCUUGUCUUUCCUGAGUUUGUCUUUAUUGCUUGUGCUCUCAAAGCUCAUCUGUAAUAAUCACAUCACCCAAAGACGUUACCAUCCAUCACAUCUGCUCAAUGAAAUGGUGAUUUAUUUAGCAAAUGAUGUGAAUUUGCACACGGACCUCAUUGCAUUGCACUCGUUACAUUAUUCAAGUGUAUUCAUGUUUUGCUUUUCAUUCCACAUUAGUUGUUGUUCUCCAGACCCAGUGUUGCAUUUCUCACACACCAGUGUUUAAUUUAUCCGAGGGAUACUGUGUUAUCAUUUUUUUACACCAUUUAUAAUUCUCAAUAAUAACUUUAUUGUAUUGAUGGGAUUUUAUUUACUAGUGUCUGAAAUGCAUCCAUAACUAAGGACUUACUGUCUCUUACUCACAAAACGAGCAACGCUUAGAAGAAAGUCUGAAAAGAAACUUUAUGUCUCAAAAAUACAUCAUCCUGUUUAUCAUCUUGUGACCCUUAAAGUGAUCCUGAGACCCUUUAGUGGGUCCUGCGAGGGGUUGUGUGUGUGUGUGUGUGUGUGUGUGUGUGUGUGUGUACUUGCAGUAUUACCUUUUCAUGCUGAUCUUGAAUGACGAGGUGCUGCGCUUCGUUGGAACAGGCUGUUUGAUCGUAUGUUGCCUGGAUGUGUCAGGAACUUAAAAUCCCCUCGUGGAUCAAGAUGCUACUUAAUUUAACUUGUCGUGUUAUGUUCCCAGUGUGAAUGUUUCCAUGAUUGCACGUGUUUAGCGAUGAGUUUGUGAGUGUAAUGAUUUAUUAUUGCGGUGGAGAAUGGUCAGUCAUUCAUUGAAGCCAUGUCUUGAUCCUUGUUUCCCCCCCCCCCUUUCCUUUUGCUCCCACUUUAAACCCAUCACUCGAGCACCUACGUUACAUUAUGCAACUGCUUGCAUGGAAUCACAUUUGCACAUUGUCUUUCUUCAUCCUUGUUCAUUCAUAAUGUAAAUAUACACAACAACUCUCCAUAAACCAAAAAUGGAAAAAAAAAAAAAAUCUAGGAUGUACCCGGAGUAACAUUUCUAUUUUAAUGGGAAACUUUUUUUAAAUUGUCAAAUCAUGCACAUUUUUUUAAUCAACUAUCUUUCCAACUUGUUCUGUACAUUUGUAUAUUGUAUGUGUACAAUAGCAAUAUAGAUAUACUACCUGGUGUAAAUGCAUGCUUAUACAUUAUUUUUCAUUGUGGAGAGAAAGGGCCAUCUGUGAUGUUUUCUCAACUGUCAGCACUUUGUUUGAAGACACUGACAGGGAGAUAUGAUGCCUUACUUUCACACUGGAUCUCUGAGGACUCCUGGAAUCGAUGUGUCAGGGGUUUCUGCUUCACUACCGUGCUGUUGUGAUCUUAUUAUGCCUAUCUCUUGUUACAUCGACUUGGUUUGUGAAGAUGUACAGGACUCUGUAGUCAAGAAUCUAAUGCCAACUGAUUUAUUUCUUGUGUCGGCUUAGACCAAUCACUGUAUAAUGUUGCAUUGCUUCAUGUUAAUCGCUGCUUUUCCUCUGGUGUGGGAUAAGCCUCAUUCUUCCUUCUCAUGGCCAGUUUGAGUUUGUGCAAUGCAUAAUUAAAACAUUAAGGUAAGGUGCAUGCUCACUCCUCCUGCCUCCCACUGCCUCGCUGAGUUAAUUGUACGUGUUGCAGUCUCUCGUUCUCGGAGGCAUUGGCUCAUUUUUAUUCCCAAUAGGCAGUCUUCAUUUCAACCCUGCUGUUAUACCGUUAGGUUUCAUUCAGGACAAUAUGGUUUCUUGAACAUUCUCCGUCCCAAUUAAAGAGAAAAAGUUAUUCAGC